AUGAAUAUCGCCAUUUUUCUAUCCGGAUUCCACGCGCUGUGGAUAAUCCCGUUCGAAUUCCAUUCGCUUCCAGGGGCUCCUUCUUUACCGCCCAGUUGGGCUGAAUGGCUUCCUGUUCCGGAUAUGGAAGAGGGUAACUCGUUGUUCUUUUGGCUUGUCGAGGUUGAGGGAUCUGCAUACAAUGACAAUCUUAUCAUCUGGCUCAACGGCGGCCCAGGCUGCUCGUCUUUGCUAGGACUGACAGGAGGCAACGGACCGAUGUCCUUCGUCGGCAACUCGACCAAGUUGGAGAGUAACCCGCACUCCUGGUCCAAUCUCGGCCAUGUGCUAUACAUCGACCAACUAGUUGGCACAGGAUACUCGACCGCAAGCGAUCCAUACCUAGUGCACGACAUGGGUAGAGAGCCCUUCCCGCUAGACUUCGCUUCCCUGUCCAUGGGCGAUCCCACGAUAGGAGGCUCCGCAGCCAUGUCUUCCGUGACCGCCUGGAAAUACCUCGAAUCCAAAAACAAUGGCUGCGACAAAAUUAGCUCGUUCCCUGUCCUCGCGAAGUACUUCGGCCGCGUGGGCGUUCAAAUAGCACUCAACAUCCCUCCUCCAUCCCCAGACUCGCCGGCUCAUUACUACGCUUGCAGCAAUGCUAUCCUCAAAGCACUAGCUCUAUCAGAGAAGCCCACCGCCCCGACUCUACCUCAUUCUCCAUCCUCCCUUCAAUUCUCAACAACGGCAGUAUCGCUCGCGGUGCACGUGUACUCCGGCGAAAACGACUUUCUGCUGAACCACUUCGGCACGGAACUAGGGUUGGCGGAGAAGCCGUCCCGCGUGUUCUAUAGCGACGAUGCUAGGCCGGAUGAUGCGGAGAAGGACGAGAAUAAGUCUGUGGCAGGGACUUGGGUUGAGGAACGUGGGCUGAAUUGUCAUUUCUUCCAUGGGGCGGGGCAUAGUGUUUUUGGAGAGGGAAAUAUUUGCGUUUGUUAG